AGAGAGAGAAAGCCACUGUGCUUAAAUCCAGCUGGCUGCCUCCCUGGGAAUGUAAUCCAUAUGUGAGCGCGAGUUCAGCAGCAGGAGAAAGAAAAGAUAUUACUCGCAAAGAAGUGAUUGUUUCUGAACUUUCUUCUUUAAAUUCCACUCAUUCUGGCCACCAGACCUUGGCUCUGGUUCAACAGCAACACAAAAAGAGAGGUAAAGUCUGGAGAAGGACAAAGUGAAAGUUGAGAAAAAAAGUUGGAGAGAAUAAAAACGAAGGCAAAAGGAACCGUGGGGAACAAUAUACCGAUUAGACAAGCGAGAGAACAAUGAAAGAGGACACACUGGAGGAAGGCAAGAGGAGUCAAAAUGACCCUAAUGGAACUGUUGGACACCAGCAAGUGAUCCAGACACACCUGGAAGAAAACGGACCUUUGAAAGCCUUGCUGAGCUCUGAUUUGGAAAUGAAUGGCAAGGCGGGUGGAAGGGGACCUGUAAAUAAAGCCAGCGAAGCAAACAGCAACGGCAACAAUCUCAGCAUGGUUUCUGAAGUACCGCCGGAUGGUCAGAACCACACACGGGGCACGCGCACACCCAAAAGAGCCGCCACAUUUGGGAAACGCUCUAACUCGAUGAGACGCAACCCCAACGCGGAGGUGAGCCGGCAGGGCUGGCUAUACAAACAGGCAAGCAGUGGUGUGAAGCAGUGGAACAAGCGCUGGUUUGUGCUGACAGAUCGAUGUCUUUUCUACUAUAAAGACGAAAAGGAAGAAGGAGUCUUGGGAAGCCUUCCUCUUCUCAGCUUCAAGAUUGGACCUGUCCAAACAUCGGACAGCAUCACCCGCAAGUUUGCCUUUAAGGUGUGGUGCGAAACAGAGGAAGAGGAGGAGGAGGAAGAGGAAAGUGAGGAUUUAAAGGGCAGUAUUGCGUUCUGUUUGCAGGUUGAGCACGCAGGAACUCGUACUUAUUACUUCAGUGCAGACAGCCAGAAAGAGCAGGAGGAGUGGAUCCAAGCCAUGAGUGAGGCUGCAAGGGUCCACAUCCCAACUACACCCAGAAGUAAAUCGAACCCCAUCCCUGCAGCAGACCAAAACGACAUGGUAGCCAAACGCCUCGAGCCCAAAUCACACGCAGAGAACAACGGCCAGUGUCCAGACCUCCACGAGCCAGUCAAACACGAACUCAACGGUUUAGAGACCAGAGACACCACACCCAGCACCCCAGUGACACCGGUUACCCCAAAUACAGACGGCAGGAUGGGAGAGAAAGGAGGCCUGGGGCCCCAUCAUCCUAAUGGCUGGGGAAACUACGGUCCUCCCAAUGGUUCCAGAUACCAGUCCCAAGAGAACGUGCGGGAUAUGCGGGAGCCAAUGGAUGAGAAUGUGGUAAUGCGCAGGGGUUUUGUGCCCAGGACGGCACCAGAAAGACUUGCCCAGAGAAAGAGCUCCAUGACACAGCUGCAACAGUGGGUCAACCAGCGGCGGGCAUUGGUGCCUCAGGAUGACGGACGCAGUCCAUCCAGAUACUACACAGUAAACCGCGGCAUGCCAGCGGACUAUUAUGGUGUGUACGGCGGGGCUCCGUAUGUGGACGAAUAUCCACUCUACCCCCCUGGCGUCCGUCCUGAAAGCAUCUGCUCCAUGUCGGCUGCAUACAACCGACCAUCUCCUCGCUGGACUGUGGAAGAGAGAAGGCGAUCACUGCGGGACGGGCCUCUAUACGGUCAACCUCGAGACCCUCAGUGGAUGAUGGGACCUCAGGCUCCAUCUUAUUACCCUCAGCUGGACUCGGCACAGAACUCAAUGAGACGCCUCUCCAUCCAGCCACGCUCUCGCUCCGUCCCACGCUCUCCUUCAUCCUCAUCUGGAGGACCAUACUCUCCACACAGCUUCGCCUCUCCUGCACGAUCCCCCAGCGCCAGGUUUGACCGAGGACCGGCCCGAAUCAGAGACGAAGGUAUAUACGCUGAUCCUUCUGUCUAUGGACUCCGCAGAUCGAUGAGCUCACCUAAGUAUGAUUUCCCUGGAGAUCGUCGCUCAUACAGCCAAGGAAUGUACCAGUAUAACUACCCAGCGUCCCCAUCGCUCCACAGUAAAAUGGAGGACAUUUUAGAUGCGCAGCUUCAGAGGAACCUGGAGUACCUUGAUCAGCAGAUGACAGAUGGCGAUCACCUAAUCAGCAUGGUAACCCGAAUGGUUGAGCGUUCCUCUCCUCGACCAAAACUUUUCUCACAAGUGCCUCCAUUCCAUGAUGUGUAUGGUGACUUACAUCCCACUCUGAAGCUUAAUGAGAUUGAGACCAGUAAACUACUUGGCCGAUUGUGUGAACAGAAUCGACUUUUGAAAGAGCAAGAGACUGUAGUUCAUCGUUUACGAAUGGAAAAGGACAGCCUAGAGGGUGUGCUGGUGGCCACACAUCAAGAGAUGGAGCUGUACAGAAACCAGCCGCUGGUAAUGGAGAAACUUCAGCUCAAGAAGGAGAGUCUGCAAAACAAGCUGAUCAACAUCAGAGGAGAGCUUUCGCAGGCCUCAAGUGCCCUGACCACCACCCGAGUGGAGUUUGAGGCGCUGGAGGAUGAUGUGAAUGCCAUUCAUGGGGAUUUGUGGGAGCAGCUGAAUGCUGGAGGGCAGAGUGAACUGGUGCACAGACACAUUCAGAAGGAAUUCUGGAGGGUUCAGGAUGUCCUGGAGGGGCUGCACAAGAACAACCCGUCCCGAGGGACAGACACAGCCAAGCACAGAGUAGCCAGUGGAGCAUCGGGCUCUUUCAGCACAAACAGUCCUGCGAGUCCUUUAAGUUCAGUGAGUCUGACAAGUCCUCUCAGCCCCUUCUCUCCUGUGCCCGGCUCUCAGCCCUCUCCCACCAAACAUCUGGCCACAGAGGAGGCUAUUCCUCCACGACCUCCACUCCCAAAAUCGUACCAGCCCUUGGAAUCCUCCCAGUCCUUUCCCCCCUCUGUCCCUCCCCUGCCUUUAGACAGCAAUGCCUGGCAGCGCAGCAUGGGCCGCAAUUCAGGCAUCCACCAGGAAGGCUACAAGGAUGACGGAGAUUUCCACAGCAGAAAGCACAACUAUAACUCGCAGGGAGAAAAGACAAGUGACUUUGAGACAGAGCAAGACAGGUUAUCCAACCAAAAUAAAGUUGGAAUCGUUCCACCGAGGACCAAGUCACCUUCAGAAGAAAAGAACAAUUCUGAUGCCGUCCAGCGCAGAAACGGGAAGGUGCCCAAUGGCCACAUUUCAAGAGAGAGGCCAAAGAGUGCUGUGUUCCCUGCAGAGGUGAAGUCAAAAAUGAGUGUGGAGGAACAGAAUGAGAGGAUACGAAGAAACCAGAGCAGCUCCGUCAGAGACAAGAGAAGAAGCCUUAACCUUUCCAGCAACCAGCACAUUGACGGCUUCAAGUCUUCGACAAGCUACAGAGUGGUACGGAGGAGAGUUACAGCUGAUGAGGUGGAUAUAAAGGGUCUUGAGGCAGCUGUGAGGGGAGAAGGUAUGGAGUCGCCCAGGGAAGAAAUUGCUCGUCUGAGACGACAGGUGGAGCCUGAACACUAUGAUCUGGAUCUCAGCAAAGAGUUGUCCAUGCCAGAUAAAGUCCUGAUCCCUGAGAGAUAUUUGGACAUGGAGCCUAAUACACCACUCAGCCCAGAAGAGCUUCGGGAAAAACAGAAGAAAGUUGAAAGAAUCAAGACACUGAUUGCCAAAUCAAAUCUGCAAAAUGUGGUGCCGGUAUUGGACGGGCCAGUGGAGGGACCCAGUAACCCAGAGCAGCAGCUUCACGAGCAGGAAAAACGCAUCGAGAUCUCCUGUGCUCUGGCCGCUGAGGCAUCCCGUCGAAGCCGGCUGCUCUCCGCCCAGUGUGUCCCCAGCCCCCCUGCCUCCCCAACCAGCCUGGUCCCUCCCCCUUCUGCUGACUACACUGACUCCUCCCACAUCAUGAAGGUGUGAAGCUCAAGCUCUUGCAGCUGUAAAAUUUGACGACGAGCCCUUCUGAGUGUCCAGCAGAUAAAGAAAAGAUGGAAAAACCCCAUCAAACAUCAAGAACAUUUAUUUCGCCUCUGCCAAACAUUGUAUUUCUUUCACUUACUUGACACAAUACCACGCAGAGAAAUAUUUCAGGAUGUUUGGACAUCUGCAGAGAGCGCUGGUUAUGUCUCCACAUAACCCACGGCAGAGCUACAUGAUUCAAUUAACCAAACCAUUUUGACUUGGUUUUUCGAGGAUCUCAGUCAAAUUACAAAUAAAAAAAGCUACAAAACUAGCCAGGAAGUGGACGAUGUUUACAGAUUCAUAUCUGCUCUCUGUCCCGUUACGGUGACUUGAGUGCGUACAAGCAAAAUGAUGCUACAGCUGCUCAGGGCGGAUUCUGCAGACACAAGCACGUUCGUGACAGGAAAGAGUAAAAGAAGUGAACAGAGGAGAAUAGCCAUGCUCGAGGAGGUGGUGAAAGCCAGACGAAGGACUACAGCGAAGUUAUCGAAGCUCAGUUUAUCUGGAAGUCAGAUUUUGUAACCGCUGGAAUGAUAAUUGUCUGUGUACAAGCGACCGCUGAGGAUUUAUGAACGAAAAACCCAGUCGGAGACUUGGAACAAUCGGAGGUCGUUGUUGUUUUGAUCCAAAAGAUGUUGUUGAUACAAGAAGACUUGGCGUUGGGCACUUCCCCUCCAUCAAUGUUAAAGGCCAGACUCACUGUGACUCCUCCUGGCCCUUUAUCUUUCCCACGAUCCUCUCCGGUUUCACUACUGGGAUCUCGAGAACCCUUCAACAUUGCAGUCUCUCAAACCAUUGUCGGGCCUUGUGUAUCUAUAAAGAAAGCGUAUAUAUAUAUAUUGAUAUGACUAUUACUCUAAUCUUUGCAUCAAAGCCAUGUGGACUCAUCAUAAUAGUGCUUUUACUGCUAGGACAGUAGUUACCAAAUGGUACCUAAAUACUUGUGAGAGUGCGUGUGUGUUAGAUUAAUAAGAAAGCUGAAACAUUGGAAGUGUCCUUAGAGUUGUAAGUCUGCUUGUUGAAUCAACACGUGUUCAUUCGAGGCCAGCAACUUGCAUUACAGCCUGUAUAUAUAAAAUGACGUUAAAUUAUGUAUCCUGUUGCCCCAACAGAAUAUCAAAGCCCUUUUUGAGCUGUGGAUCGAUUAUUGUGCCAUUUGGAGAUUCAUUUGGCAUUUUGUGUGUGUGUGUGUGUGUGUGUGUGUGUGCGUGCGUGCGUGCGUGUGUGUGUGUGUAAAUAUAGAUCGACAUGGAAUAAAUGGAACAAUAUUUUGGAUUAUUUUUCUAUCACUGGUAAUUACCUCUGUUAUCAAGCAGCUUGAUUAUAAUGUAUCGUUAAAGUAAAGAACUAUUUGCCAAACCAUAUAAAUCUCCUGUUUUGUACUUGGCCCAUAUCGAAAGGUUUCAAAUGCCAUGCAAGUUGUUAGCCCAUACCGUGCUUUCUGCUUGUCUUUUUUAUUUUAAUGAGAAUCAAUCUGUCUUUGGUCUAACGUUUGACUAAACACUGGCCUCCGCUUUGUUUGUGAGAAUUUAUUUGUUUUUGUUUCUUCCGUCAAGAUCUGUCACGGAUAUUUUUUUGUUCUUAUUCCAAAACACAACAGCAACAAAACGAGUUAAGCUUUGAACACAGUAUGAUCUGGAAAAGAGAAACUGUUUACUUUUAAGCAAAAACAGCCCUGCAGGGGAAGACAGAGAUCUAUUUUUACCUUUUUUUGUUUUUCUUCAAACUAUUCGCCUAUUUUUCUACGAUGUAUAAAAUGAGGUUUGAGCUUUGUAAAUUGACUCAAGAGAGUUUUGAUCUGAUAUAUUACGGGAAAACUGAUCGAGGCUGAUAUAUUUUUAAUUUAUUGAGCGAAACUUUACAGCAUCCUUUCGGAGGCCUUGUUUAACAGUCAUUUUUAAGUGUUAUUUUGUAAGUCGUGGUUGGAACGGUCAAGAAAUAUGUAGCAAGUGGGAUUGACUAAUUGAAAAUAAGCACAUUGGACUGUGUAAAUAUUUGUUUUUCCAAUAAAACACUGUAUGUCUUCAUAUUUACCGUGAUUAAUACUAUUUUAAGGAAAAAUGAGACUGCUUGAGCUAUGCAAAUCCAACAAAAUAAUACUUAAUGUGCUUGCUUUAGAAGUACCCUCAUGCAAUAAAGUGAAUGUAUUUAAACACUUUUAAUUGUAAUUAAAAUUCUUCAUUUGGU